CGAUACUGGCAAAGUGUACUCAAACCUUGCAGUACUAAUCGGAUCGUUUUGACGUUUCCCGUUUUUUUCUCUCCUGCAGGUAAGGAUGGUUCAAAAGUGACAACGGUUGUGGCUACAGCCGGCCAAGGACCAGACAGACCACAAGAAGUAUCGUACACAGAUACGCGGGUGAUCGGCAAUGGCAGCUUUGGAGUCGUCUUCCAGGCGACGCUCUGUGAUACGGGAGAGCUAGUCGCAAUCAAGAAGGUGUUACAGGAUAAAAGAUUUAAGAACCGUGAAUUACAGAUUAUGCGGAAGCUAGAACACUGUAACAUUGUUAAACUGAAGUUCUUCUUCUACUCCAGUGGCGAAAAGCGGGAAGAUUUCCCCCUCGACAUGGGAAUAUUUGCCAGUGCAUUGCAAUCACAGAAAGAUGAAGUGUAUCUAAACCUAGUGCUCGAAUAUAUUCCAGAAACCGUUUACAAAGUGGCUCGUUAUUAUGCUAAAAAUAAACAAACGAUACCAAUCAAUUUCAUCAGACUAUAUAUGUACCAGCUGUUCAGAAGUCUUGCCUAUAUCCACUCGCUCGGUAUUUGCCAUCGUGAUAUAAAGCCCCAGAAUCUGCUGCUGGAUCCGGAGACGGCCGUGCUGAAACUGUGUGACUUCGGCAGCGCCAAGCAGUUGACACACGGCGAACCGAACGUGUCGUACAUCUGCUCGCGGUACUACCGAGCACCAGAGUUGAUCUUUGGCGCCAUAAACUACACCACUAAAAUUGACGUAUGGAGUGCGGGUUGCGUACUAGCCGAAUUGCUUUUGGGACAACCGAUCUUCCCUGGCGACUCCGGUGUCGACCAGCUCGUAGAAAUCAUCAAAGUCCUCGGAACGCCAACACGCGAACAAAUCAAGGAAAUGAAUCCAAACUACACCGAAUUCAAAUUCCCUCAGAUCAAGAGUCAUCCAUGGCAAAAGGUAAGCGAGGCUACGAAUUAGGAUAGACUCUGUUGC